AUGUCAAAGCGACUAGAGUUGACCGCACAUCCAAGCCUCCAGAGCUCGUUCGGCGUGACCGUCGAGGAACUCUCGGCCUUGACGACGCCGACGAAAGAUCCAAGCGCAUUGUCAAAGUUGCGCGGGGUCGAUCAAGUCGCCAGGUCACUUGAGGUUGAUGUUCAAAAGGGCCUCAGCUGCACCAUUAGUCAAACCGAGCCGGAUACAUAUGAGCGAAGAGUGGAAUCGUUUGGCCGCAACGUGCUUCCACAGAUGGCACAGAGAAGCCUCUGGAGUCUCAUGCUCGAGGCGCUCCAAGAUAAGAUCCUGGUUCUUCUCUGUGUCGCUGCGGUGGUGUCGCUUGCCAUUGGUCUGUAUCAGGACUUUCGCCCGAAAUCACCCGCCGAUGCCGACUACAACGACCCAAAGACCCACUGGAUCGAGGGCUUCGCCAUCAUCGUCGCCAUCGUCAUCGUUGUGCUGGCUGGCAGCAUCAACGACUACCAGAAGGAGAAGCAGUUCCGCAAGCUCAAUGCCCAGAAGGAAGACCGGUCUGUCAAGGUGCUUCGGAACAGCCAGCCCACCCUGGUGUCGAUAUUCUGUGUCGUCGUCGGUGACAUUCUGCUCCUCGAGUCGGGCGACAUCCUCCCUGCCGACGGUCUGGUUCUCAGUGCAAGCAGCCUCAAGGCCGAUGAGUCGUCGGCCACCGGCGAGACCGACUCGAUCAAAAAGUCGCCCACAACAGACCCGUUCCUGCUCAGCGGAAGCAAGAUUGUCGAGGGAACAGGCCGAUGCGUCAUCACGGCUGUCGGCGAACACUCGUUCCAUGGCAAGACCAUGAUGGCUAUGCGCACCGAGAACGAAGAGACUCCCCUCCAAGUCAAGCUCGACAAGCUGACCGAGCUCAUUGCCAAGCUCGGCACCGCCGUCGCCAUCCUGAUGUUCCUGGCGAUUCUUGCAAAGUACCUGAUCACCGUCGGGGUCACCGUUGGGUUCGGAUCGGAUCCCGAGCAAGAGAGUGCGGCCGAGGUCUUGUCGAGACUGACAAACAUCUUCAUUGCCGCCGUGACCAUCAUUGUGGUUGCUGUUCCCGAAGGCUUGCCGCUGGCUGUGACGCUUGCACUCGCAUAUGCCACCACCCGCAUGCUCAAGGACCAGAACCUCGUUCGAGUCAUCAGCGCCUGCGAGACCAUGGGCGGCGCCACCACCAUCUGCUCCGACAAGACUGGGACGCUGACGCAGAACGUCAUGACCGUCGUCAAGGGUGCCAUUGCCCAGUCCAUCGACUUUGACGAUCGUCAAGGAACCGCCGAUGCCUCGCUGGCGGUGCUGCGGUCGUGCCUGCUUCCGGCCGAGAAGAACCACAUGCAUCAGACCCUGCACGACCUGGUGCUCGAGGCUGUGGCCGUCAACUCUUCUGUCUUUGAGCGGGUCAACCCCGAGUCUGGCAAGAAGGAGUACAUUGGGUCCAAGACCGAGACCGCCCUCGUCAACUGGAUCCAGAAGAUGGGGGGCAACCCGGCCGACCUGCGGACGCAGCCGCACAUGGAGACCGUCCAGAUCUAUCCGUUUUCGUCCGAGCGCAAGUCCAUGGCCACGCUGGUCAAGCUGAGGAACAGCCAGGGUGCCGCCAUCUAUCGACUGCAUGUCAAGGGAGCCUCGGAGGUGGUGCUUGGAUACUGCCAGAACAUCCUUGUGGCUCACGGCAGCCAAGUCGAGUUCAGCGGAGCCAGUCCGCCUGAGCGCCGAAACAUGGGCCGGAUCAUCCAGUCGUUUGCCAAAGAGUCGCUGCGAACGCUCUGCAUUGCAUAUCGCGAUCUCACCGAGGCCGAGUUCAAUGCCUGGAUCCAGGGACCGGUGCGGACCGCUGUUGCCAAGGCCGUGCUCAAGGACACGAUUCAGUCGGCCCGAGACAGCAACGACGGACUGAACGUCCAGAUGGAUGUCGUCGAGGACGACGUCGACAGCAGUGUUGCCGCAGUCGAAGCCAGGCUGGCCGACAGCGAUGUGCUCGGACAUGGGGCGGCUCUGGACGACCUUGGAGGCCAGGGACUCACCUGCCUGGCGAUUGUCGGAAUCGAGGAUCCGCUGCGACCAGGCGUCAAGGAGGCCGUCGAGGACUGCCGACGGGCCGGAGUCGUUGUGCGAAUGGUCACGGGCGACAACAUUGUCACGGCAGUGUCGAUUGCCAAGCAGUGCGGCAUCUACCAGCCGGGAGGCAUUGUGAUGGAGGGUCCUCGGUUCCGCAGCCUGGCUCCGGCCGAGAUGGACCUGGUGAUUCCCCGACUGCAGGUCUUGGCCCGAUCGAGUCCCACCGACAAGCAGAUCCUGGUCUCACGGCUCAAGCAUCUCAAGGAAACCGUGGCAGUCACCGGCGACGGCACCAACGACGGACCGGCCCUCAAGAUGGCCGACAUUGGGUUCUCGAUGGGGAUCGCCGGCACAGAGGUGGCCAAGGAGGCGUCGUCGAUCAUCCUGAUGGACGACAACUUUGCAUCGAUUGUCAAGGCCAUGAUGUGGGGACGGUGCGUCAACGACGGCGUCAAGAAGUUUCUGCAGUUCCAGCUGACGGUCAAUGUGACGGCCGUUGUUGUUGCGUUUGUGAGUGCGCUGCUGGACGCAGACCAAGGCUCGGCCCUGAGCGCCGUGCAACUCCUCUGGGUCAACUUGAUCAUGGACUCGCUCGCGGCUCUUGUCUAUGCCACCGAUCUGCCGACGCGCGAGCUUCUGGACCGGCCUCCCGAGUCCAAGAGCCACCCGCUCAUCACCAUCGAGAUGUGGAAGAUGAUCCUGGGCCAGUCUGCCUUCCAGGUCGUUGUCAAUCUCGUCAUUCUCCUCAAGGGCCCGGACCUGUUUGCGCUGCAGCACCUCUCUGCUGCCGGCGGAAUCAUGGUCCACACCACCGACCCGGUUGUGUUGUAUGAGAAGGACGUCUUGACGACCAUGCUCUUCAACGCCUUUGUGUGGCUCCAGGUCUUCAACAUGAUCAACUGCCACUCGGUCGACGGCAAGCUCAAUGUGCUCCGCACGUGUUUCAAAAACAUGUACUUCACGAUCGUGAUUGUGGUUGUGUCGAUUCUGCAAGCAAUCAUUGUCGAGUUUGGGAAUGUCGCAUUCCACACGACUCCCCUCAAUGGCUUUCAGUGGCUCACCUGCCUGCUCAUCGGGGUCUUCUCGCUUCCGUUGGGACUGGCCAUCCGAUUGAUUCCCAACGAGCUCCUCGCAUUCUGUCUCAGUAGUCGUUUGCGAGACAAACUCGAUUCCCACACCAAGAAAGAAGCUGAUGAACUCGCCCAUCACACUUCAUCCGCCCACCUUCUCGAUGACCAUAUCAUCGCAAUCGUUGGACCCCAAGUCGCUGGAUCUGGCCAGCCUGCUGAUGAGGAUAAGCCUGAUGCCAAGGAGCUUUGGAAGAGUGCCAUAACUUCGAGUUCUCUCGAGGAAUUCGCCCAGAAGCGCUCGACGCUGACGGCCCGCUUGCAGCAGCAGCUGGCUGUCUUAGAGGGCACUCGCAAUAUGAAAAGAGCCAACCCAAAGAAUGCCCAGCAGUGCGAUAUGAUCAUCAGCAAGACCGAAGAGCUCAUCACCUUCAUCCAGACCGAGCUCGACCGUCUCGAUGCUGAUGAGGCCGCAUUCAAGUUCAACCCUCAGCUGGUGCGACCCUCCACCGUAUCGGCCGGCCAGUCUGAGAGCGAGCUGUUUGAUUUCCUGAUUGCCGGAACCCAGCUAAGCUCCACCAAGGUCAUGCGUCGUCUCAUCGAGACCCGCCGCAAGCUCGACUUUGAGAAUCAGGUCAAGAGCUCCAUGCAAAUCUUGGGAAGCAAGCGCAACUCACCAAAUGCCGCCGCCUUUAGCGACCAAGUUGUCGAAGUGGAGGAAAACACCAUCAAGCUGCGAAACAUUGAGUCUAAAAUCGGUAUCCUGAACAAGUCCAUGAGACUCUAUCGAGAUCUCUGCACCGACUCCAUCCCCGAAGAAACUUUUACCGCGCCUGCAGAUCUCUCUGAAGCCCUGACGGGAAGAAUAUCCAUCCAACUCAACGCCGUCACCAAUAUCCCUAAUCGCCGAAGAGAGACCGAUCCACUGAUCGCCGUCAUCUACAUUGAUGGCCGAGAGAAGGCUCUGACCCCUCCUUCUCCCAACGGUGUCUGGAGCAUCCAGCUUGACAUCGAGGUCGAGCGAGCCCUUGAGCUGGAAAUUUGCAUUUACGAUGUCAGCGGUCGGGACCGUGUUCUCCUGUCCUUUGUCUGGUUCAAGCUCAAGAAGCUCCAGGAAGCUGUCUUUGCCCGCAACAACAACAUCCUUGGAGGCACCGGCGAUGUCACGCUUACAAUGGAGCCUGGAAGUGAAGGCAAAAUCACCCUGAACAUGGCGCUCGUUCACGUUCGCGGCGGCAAGCCCAUGGGCCAACCGCAGGGCCAGCGACCCGCCGCCCAGCUCGGCCGUGCCAAAGAAAUGUCCAAAGCCUACGCGCACAACGGCCAUCGCCUGGCUGUGCGCCAGUUCUACGAAGUCAUCCAAUGUGCUGUCUGCCAGGAACUCUUCACUGGACAGGGUCUCCAGUGCGAAGGGUGCAUGUACGCCUGCCACAUCAAGUGCUACAAGGAUAAUCUCACUGUCUGUCAGCAGGCCCACCGCGACCCCACCCGCGGCAGCGAUGAGAUCAAAUCCAUCGCCUACAACAAGCCACACCAGUUUGUCAGAACCGCCAUCGUGGGCUCGGCCUGGUGCGCCCACUGCGGCUAUUUGAUUGCCGCGGGUGUACCGGCCCUGAGAUGCAAUGUGUGCCACAAGCACUGCCAUACCGACCACAGUCAGUUUGUAGCCAACCACUGCCAGCUUUCGGUGGAACAAGCCCACAAUUUCGCCCAGGCAGCCGAUCAGAAAGAUGUCCGAAGACAUGUGACCAUGGCCCAGCCCACCACUAACCUCGCGGCCCCGCCUCGGGAGAAGUACCAGCUGCCGUCGGCGCCAGCACCGGGUCCUGCAGGUCCCCACACACACGGCACCCAUCUUACUCUCCAAUACGCUCCCUCAAGCUCCCAGCAAAGCUAUCAGCCCGGGCUCCGCCCGGGUCCUGCUCCUGGUCCUGGUGUUGCUCCUGCUCCGGGUUCUCGGCCCGCUCCCCCGCCUCGUGGGGCUAACUACAGCCAGCCAUACGCUCCCCCGCCCAUGAACAAGGCUCCGUCUUAUAGCUCUUCGGUUCCUCAUGGCCCGUACAACCCUCCACAACCGCGCACAGACUCACAGCGCCCGCAUACACCAAGCACGAGUCACAUUGGUCCGAACUCACCAAGAACAUCCAUCUAUGCUCCUCCUGUUCGCAACGAAUCCCGCGAGAGCCUUAUCUCGAUGACGGCGUCUGUAAGCGGCGGCGGCGGCGGCGGCGUCGGCCGGCCCUAUAACCUCACUGGCAGCGGAUACGGCUAUCUCCGCAUGCCCCACCCACAAGACUAUCUGCCGCAGCGGGUUCUCCAAAUUCCUCCUCGUGGAGGCUCCUUGGAUUUGUCGGCCUCCGAUUCCGGCCCUCCUCGACUCACUUCGGCUGAGACAGCAAGCUCUCGACCAUCAUCUGCCGCCUUGUCCCCGGCGAUGGAGACCGCAGAGCAACUGACGAAACUGAAUCUCGGUAGUGGAGCUUUGGAGCAGCCCCAACUAGCGACGCCCAAUCAGGGUGCCCAACCCGAAGCACCUGCCACAGCAAAUAUUGGUGAGGAGCCCAAGGCCAACCCCAGCGCCGAAGCUGAGGCUGCUUCGUUGCUUGAACGACAGGCGGAAGAGGAGCUGAAGCGUAAGGAGCUGGAGGCCGAACAAGCCCGAGCUGAGGCUGCAAAGCUGGCAGAACAGAAGCGUCUCGAGGAAGAGCAGCGUCGUCGCGAAGAGGAAGAGCAGCGCCGCAAAGAAGAGGAGCGUCGUCAAGAGGAGGAGCGUCGUCAGGAGGAACAGCGCCGCCAAGAAGAACAGCGCCGCCAAGAAGAGCAGCGGCGUCAGGAAGAACAGCGGCGUCAAGAAGAGCUGCGACUCCAGGAAGAGCAGCGACGCAAAGCCAUGGCAAGACAAAAGAAGAUGAGCAUGGACGACUUCAAGAUCGUCAGUGUUCUCGGUCGCGGCGCCUAUGGAAAGGUCAUGCUGGUUGAAGACAAACAGAAUCGCGAAAUCUAUGCGAUGAAGGCUCUGAAGAAGGAGUCAGUCUUGACAGGCGACUCUCUCGAGUCGCUCCGAAUGGAGCUGGAUGUCUUCAUCUUGGGUCGCAGUAUGGACUGUCCGUUCUUGGUUCAGCUGUACGGUGCCUUCCAGACCCCCGAGCGCCUGUUCUUUGUGAUGGAAUAUGCAUCCGGUGGCGAUCUCUUGACCCACUUGUUGAAUGCACGCAAGUUCAGUCGAGCCGACACUCUCUUUUAUGCGUCGGAAGUACUCAUGGGCCUGGAAUUCCUUCAUGAUCACAACAUUGUGUACCGCGAUUUGAAGUUUGAAAACAUCCUGAUGAUGCCCAAUGGCCACAUCAAGAUUGCCGAUUACGGUAUCUGCAAAACGGGAAUGAAUCAGGCAAACACCACGGCCACCCAUGUGGGCACCCCCGUCUACAUGGCCCCCGAAAUCCUCGAGAACAAGCGCUACACCAAGGUCGUCGAUUUCUGGUCCUACGGUGUCCUUAUCUACAUCAUGCUCUCUGGCGCUUUCCCUUUCAACGGCGACGAAAGCAACGAAAUCCUUGACUCGAUCUACGAAAAGCGCCGAUCGCCACUUGACUUCAAAAAUGGCGACUGGGAUCCUGCUGCCGUUCAGAUUGUGACUGAGCUGCUGAGCUAUGAUCCCAGACGACGACUCGGCAUCCAGGGCCCCGAGCAGGUCAAGGGCCAUGCCUAUUUCAACGGAAUCGAAUGGAACCGUGUCUACUACCGACAGUACCAGCCGCCGAUCAUCCCCCGGAUCGCCGACAAAUUCGACACCGCCAACUUUGAUCCCGAGUACGUCAGCGAGCCGCCCCAGCUGACUCUGAUCACCACCCGCCUGAACCCCCGAUCGCAGGCCCAGUUCGAAGGCUUUGAGUACAACCACGGCUUCAACUAGUCCAGAGACCGGCGCGCCUGGUGUGCAGGAUAAAUCGCAGCUCUUCCUGGAACCUGGCAGUCCGUUGUUUGGGCUGCCGGCGAUCGAUAAAAUAUAGCACCAGGACUGCUUUCUGUUGGCACUGCUUUCUGUGGCUGCGAAUGCACGCCCAUUCAUUGCCCACGACGAUCGCCCAUGGGCGGCCGUGGCAGGUGCAUCGCAAUCCCGGCCGAAUAUGCCAGGGAGCCAAUGGCACGAUCGGCGGCGUGUUGGUUACUAAAAGUGCGCUGUUGAAACAAAUAAAAAGAAACUCGAUCGGUUGCCUCAUGCGAUGGACCGUUGUCGC